CUCCUUUUCCCACCUGCUUGCCCUGUGCCUCCCUCCAUCUCACCUUACUCAUGUUACUGCCUGCCGGACAGACCGUUGACACUCUAACACAUAUUCGCCAUACUGCUUUUCACUCACGGUGUAUCACGCAAACCCAACCCGACCAUAUCGCAGCUGCUAGUGGUGUCAAGAAAAGAGUUCAUAAAGUCCCGCUCGACGGCCUCUCCAACAACGAACUCGGAACCCAAUACUUGCGCCGCAUUAACUCUCAUCAAGUGAGGAGAGGCGCAACGUUCCGAGCUCUCCCUGUCCACAAACAAUGCACCUCGCUGCGUUUCGCAGAACGACAUGAACCCCUACAUUAGGAAGCCAAACCCAGCUUACAGUAAACCGAACGCAACAGGAAUCCCGCCGGCGGACGAACAAAUCAUCUCGGAGAUCCUCUCCACGGAGAACUUUUACAUACGGCUAGGCGUAGCAAGAGACGCACCAACGGAGCUCGUUAGGAGGGCAUAUCUGCGACGUAGCAAGGUGUGUCAUCCCGAUAGACAGAGCCACCCGCUCGCCAAGGAAGCUUUUCAGCGUCUGAACGACGCUUAUUCCACGAUAUCCGACCCAAACCAUCGCCGGCAAUAUGAUAUGUACGGGAAACGAGUUAACGGUUCAGAACAAACAUUUGCCGACGCCUUGCAACAAGUCAUUGAUGAGUUCUUGGAGGGGCACUAUGAUACUCUGAUGAGCAUCAUUGAUCACAUCCAAAGUUUAAAUCCUGAAUUAAGAAUCAGCAAGGAAGGCGCCAGACACGUCCUAUCAUCAAUGCGAGACUUCUGCCUCUGGAGCGGCAAGUGCUGGAGCGCACUGAAGUUCGAAAUCAUUACGCUUUAUGAGAUCCACUCCGACAUUCAAUCCCUUUCGUACUUCGAUGUGCGCGGGCGCCUUUGCAAGGCCGCAAGGUUAUCGAAGGGGCUUAUUUCUCUAAUGGCCAAAAUCGUUCCAGUGGGUGGAUACCUGAUUGAAGCCCAGAUACCCAUGGUUGAGCGAGUGGAAGUAUAUCUCUUCAGCAGCACCACUGUCUGCAGGUAGUCUGCUUAUUAGUUUUCCCCAUCCUCAUAUUAUCGCCGGUUGGUUGCAUACCCAGCUCUUUUCCUUCAUUCGGCGCCCUUCUUAGCAUGCUUUUCUUGUAUAUUUUGUCAAAUUGAGCGUGAGCAACCUUGCAUCUUCA